AUGGUUCAAGAAGCUUCUGGCAGCAUUCAUGGGCAGUGUGCAAUCAUAAUGUUUGAUGUUACAGCACGUUUGACCUUCAAGAAUGUGGCAACAUGGCAUCGUGACAAUUACAGGGUGUGCGAAAAUAUACCAACUGUUUUGUGUGGGAAUAAAGUGGAUGUCAAGAAUAGGCAGGUAGAAGCAAAGCAGGUCACAUUCCAUAGAAAGAAGAAUAUUCAGUACUACUACAACUACGAGAAGCCGUUUCUCUAUCUUCUUCGGAAACUUGCUGGGGACCCUAACCUUAACUUUGCAGAGCAGCCUGCUCUUGUACCACCUGAAGUUCGUUUUGACAUGGUUGCACAGCAGCAGUAA